AUGGGUUGCGGAGGAUCAAAAAAAUCAAAUAAGGCAGCAACCGAGCCUAAAAAAGUCGAGCCAGCAGGCUCAAGCGUAAACCCAGGAACCUUCUUACAACGGCACAUGGGAGGACUUUCCGAAAACUACAAAGAAAUUCGAAAAAUCGGUUCAGGAGCAUUCGCAGACGUUAAGCUAUGUAUAUUCAAGCCUACUAACCAAGAGCGUGCUGUGAAAGUAAUCCAUAAAGCUGGUCUGAGUACCCAGCAAAUGGACUCUACUUAUAUGCUCAAAGAAAUCCAAGUAUUGAGCUCCCUCGAUCAUCCAAAUAUCCUCAGAUGUUAUGAGAUUUUCGAAGACCCAUGGAAAUUUUACGUCUCAACUGAAUAUUGCGCAGGAGGAGAACUAUUUGACAAAAUAGUUGCUUUAAAAAAGUUUUCAGAACAGGACGCAUCACGUAUUAUGCAGCAAAUCCUUUCAGCCGUUUCUUAUUGCCAUGAAAAAAAAGUCAUUCAUAGAGACUUGAAGCCUGAAAAUGUUCUGCUUGAAGAUAGCGAAGGGACACUAAAUGUUAAAAUUGCAGAUUUUGGGAGCUCGUGCAUGCUGGAUAAAAACAGAAAACUUAAUGGGUGCUUUGGAUCAGCUUAUUAUGUGUCUCCAGAGGUGCUUACAGGAUCUUAUAAUGAGAAAUGUGAUGAAUGGAGCUGUGGGAUCAUUAUGUUUAUUUUGCUUACUGGAAGGCCUCCGUAUCAAGGAAGAGACCAAACUUUUAUCCUUAAACAAGUCAGAGAUAACCCAAUAAGAAUCACUCCUGAAAGAUGCCCAGGAAUCUCUUAUUAAUAUUAACUUAGUUGUUACAGUUUCGCCGCCCUUUUUAAACAGGCAUCUAGAGAAUUUCUUCCCCAGCCUUAGUAAUGAAAUCCGAAAACAAUAAUUCAUGGUUGGUUAAAAGGCCUCAUGGGACACUUUGACUUUCUCUAAACCUUAUUUUGCAAAUCUUUGCGCCUAAGGAUCUCCCUCUUCAGGAGUAUCAAACAAAUAAACCUUAUGCCUCCUCGAAUCCAAAGGAUAAAGCCCCUAUUAUUUGCACAAUGCCCAGGAAUCUCAAGUGACGCUAUAAACCUGUUGCAAAGACUUUUAGAAGUAGACCCAAAUACCCGAAUUACUGCAAAAGACGCAGGAAACCACCCUUGGAUUCAAAAUUUCCGCUCAAAUGAAAAUAAUCAUCUUGGCUCAGCACUCAACGACUUGAAGCAAUUCCAAUCUUCAUCCAAGCUUAAAACCGCUGUCCACAUUUUCCUUGCAACUCAGCUGAUUUCCCACGAAGAAACAAAAAAGCUUAAAGAAAGUUUCACAGUCCUUGACAAAAAUGGAGAUGGCAAAGUCAGUAGAGCUGAACUGCAUGCAGAAUACAGGAAAUUCAUGAGUGAAGAUGAAGCCCAACAGACUGUAGAGAAAAUUAUGAAAGAAGUUGAUACUGAUGGAAGCGGGAAUAUUGAUUAUUCUGAGUUUUUGAAAGCUUGCUCAGAUUAUAAUAAACUUGUGUCAAGGGAAAAUUUAGAGGCUGCUUUUAAGAUGUUUGAUAAAGACGGAAGUGGGGAUAUCACGAUUGACGAACUAAAAGAGGUUCUGGGAAAGGAAUUAAUCGUAGCAGAUAGCUAUUGGAAUCAAGUUAUUGCUGACUCUUACCCCUUUUUAAAUUGGAACAAAAUAUAGGUAAAAUUUCCAAUUUUUGGGUACUUUAGCUUACUCCCCCCCCCCCCUCCGUGAGCGAACAAAACCAUUAGAAAAAUCGCCAUUUUUUGACCAAAAACCCACCCUCCGUGAGUGAACAAAAAUUUUUUUAAUAGAAAAAAUUUUAAUGGAAAAAAAUUUUGAUAUAUAAGUGAUAAUUAGUAUAAUGAAAUCUAGAGCUAAUUCUGUUUAAAUUUUAAACAAAUUGCGUUUUUUUUUUUAAAAACAUAAAUUUUUGCAAAUUAAAUUAAUAUUUGCUUCCCAAUUUUUUGCAAAUUAGGAUUUUUUUUUUUUAAAUUUCGAAAAAAAUAUUUUUUUAUAAAAUUUAUAUAUAGAUUUUUUUUAAAAAAAAAAAUUAACCCCCCUCCGUGAGCGAACAAAAUUUUUUUGUUCGCUCACGGAGGGGGGGGGGGGAGUUAGAAACAAAUUUUUUAAAAUAGGAGGUGCAAUUCUAAUUUGAUUAAAUAAUUUUUUGACCUAUUUUAAUAAAAAAAGAGCAAAUAGGAUUUUUAUUUAAACAGUUUUUAUACUAAUUAAUUUUUCAAAAAAAAAUUAAAAUUCAAAACAUAACUCCUUAUUUAUAUUUAUUUAAUUUUUAAAAAAAUAACCCCCCUCUAAAUUGGAACAGGAUUUCGUUCCAAUUUAAAGGGUUGGAGUGAGGUGGAUGUGAAUGGAGAUGGAGUUAUAGAUGUGAAAGAGUUCGUAAAUUUAAUGACUAAAAAUUAA